AUGGCGAAGAAAAUUUUUCGUCGUGCUGCUAAUAAGGUUAAAAAUUGUAGAGAUGGACAUGGUUCUCUUGGUUUGCUCAUAUUUGACGAGAAAGUCGUGUAUGAAACUUUUCAGAAAGUUGUGAUCGCCAAAGCUGACGGUGAGUUUUCUAAGUUAUCCAUCAUUAAGAGUUUUGCUGGAAAGAAGUAAGAGCUGAAAGCGGAUUACAUAAGAAAAGAAGGAUUUUUCUUAACUUUUGAUUUAUCUGAGAUCAUUCUUUUUAAGCCCGUUGGCUAUUUCUUGGGUGGGUAGUUUGGGUAUAUCAAGUUUGAAACCGUGUUUUUUUAAUUUAAAAUAUCAUCGUAUCAUAGUUUGAUAUCGGUAGAAUGCACGUCCCACGCUCAUAUCGUGUUCACGGAUUUAACAUCAUGUUCAGUGUACUUUUGGAGAAACUACAGAAUACAAGGCCAUAUCUUAAAAGGUCUUAAACAAAAGUAGCUCGGUGGCUCGCUUGUCAAGACGAGUGUUAAUAAAACGAGAAAGGUAUAAGACAUAUAAGUCUAUAAUUAAGUGUAAGACAGACAUAAGAAAUGGAGGAUAUUACAUGUCGGCGUGUGGAUACAAAUUUUAUCUUCAAGUGUUCAACUCAAUAUGUAUAUCACAAGUGAGCGCAGUGAACGAGUGAGAUAUCGAGUUGAACACUCGAAGAUAAAAUUUGUAUCCGCAAGCGGGCAUGUAAUAUUCUGUUUAUCAUACAGACACCAAUGGCGAGAUGCUGAUGCUGUGAUGCUCUUUUGUUAUUGGCUGAGACUGAAGUAGCCAUGACAACCAUGAUAUCUUCACAUGUGAAGGAUAAAAAUUGUAUCUUCACUCGAUACCAAAUUUUCGUCACUGGAAAAAUCCUGGUAUUUCGUCGAUGUCUAUAUAAUAAAUACAUAUAAGAGUAAGUUUUAAAGGAACAAGUAAAGGUAUAUAUUUUUAGUGGCUCUUUGCCUUGAUGGCUCAUCAGCCAAGGUUAGGGUCUUAAAGAACGAGCUGAGAAAUAGGUAUAUGUUCUAGUGGCUUGGUGGCCCACUGUGGCUCAUCAGUGACUACUGAGCCACUGAGCCACCCCAACAAAUAAUUAUUAUAUACCAUCUAUGUAUUCCGUAAUGGAUUUUUAAAACUUUGACUAGUUUAUACUUGCAGUUCCUAUUAAAUUUCUUGUUUGUACGCGAUGAAAAUCUCACAAUUUGUCUGUCUUCUUGUACUUUUGUGCAUGCCUGGCUGGAAAGGGGUCGGGGGAACCACUUAGGCCAGAAUUUAUUCUUCAAGUUUAAUGAGUUUGUCAUUGUUUUUUAAAUAGCAUCCAUUGCCAUGUUAAAAUGGGCCAAAACUGAAGAAAAUUUGGCGCUUCGGGAGGUCUUCAGUAAGGUUUUUGAAGUUUCCAGUAUGUGGACAACAUUGUGGAAGGAUUUUGGUGAAGAGGUAUUGGUUAACUGCUUCAUUUGUCUUUAAAAUGGUGCCUUCUGAAAAUGUCGUGAAACUAGGUUUGAUCACCUGCAUGCACUUCUCAGAAAAGAUGACUUGAUGGGUGGGUUUGCUGUUAUGAAUUUCUUCCAAUCAAAUUGGCCACUCACAUGUCUCACUGGGGUGCAAAGAAAGUCAUUUUUACAGCUUGCCAUUCGGGCAAGCUGAAGCUAGCAUAGCCCAAACGUCAUUUCAACUAGCCCAGAAAACUUUUUGAUGAACAGAAUUGAUUUCACAGUUCUUCUGUACAUUGAAUUCCUCAAAAAACGCCACUUGCCCAUCGGGCAAGUUAAGAACAUAAUUCACUAGCCCAAUGGCAAAAUCCACUAGCCCUGGGCUAUCGGACACUACUUUCUUUGCACGCUGAUGUCUAGUCGUCUUGUCUAUUGGAGGAACAUGACCAGACCAGAGAGACUAGAGGAAAUAUUGAGCUUAGUACGAAAUGGGACGAAAUAUUGAUUCCUGUCCUAAAACAGUGAAUAGCCAAGGAUAUCUUAUUAUUAAUGGCGCCAAUCAAAUUGUGCAAAAAUUGCUAUCCACUGAUUUGGUAAAUACUAAUCUUGACGUCGGUAGCUAGAAAUGCCAUCUUUAGUGUGAAAAAUGCAGGAGGGCUGUGUGGAAUGAGGCUCCUACACUGUGGUGACUCUUGAUGUAAUUUCAAACUCUCCCUUUGAUUCGUAACCAUACAUGUACACCAGCUAAGUUGAGUUAGGAGAAUCUAGUAGUUUAUCAACAGUCAUCUGGGGCAUCCAGUUUUUAGGGAAAGUUCAUUUAAUAUGACAAGGGGGGAUGAAGAAUUGAUGAAAAUUUUUGAGGGGGCUCUGAAAAAAUUGUUGCGCUAGGAGGGGGGGGCUCCGAAAAUUUGUAUACUUCAAAACCAACACAUGUACAUGACAUCAUCAUACAGAUCGGAUGGUUUUCAACUCAACAAUUUAAUGACCUGUGCAACUCAGCUAUAUCACGUGGUUUACAGAUGUAACAAAUGUAGUCUCAGUAAUUAUUACACUCUUGUUCAUCCCAAAAAUGCUUUAGAAAAUUGUAUCACAACUGUAUCUCAAGUUUGUCAUAGUAUAAACCAUUGAAGACAAUAACGGUAAAUAUAUUUAAUACAGUCUAGCGAUCUUUUUUCAGGGGAGCAAAGGAACUGAAGGAGGAGGGGGGGGGAGGGCUCUGAAAUUUUUUUGACUACCAAGGAGGGGGCUCCUAAAAAAUUGAACCGCUAGCGAGGGGGGCUGCUAAAAUUUGAAGCUUUGAGUUUCAAUAUCUUCAUCCCCCCCUUGUCAUAUUAAAUGAACUUUCCCUUAACAGCUGUUGUUUUCACUUUUGGUUAUUUUCUUACAGUAUUCUAAACACAGAAAAAGUUUCAAAGAAAUUCUUCAACAGGAGAAAGCUUUGGAUGAAGCAAGGAAACCGGCAGCCAUGCAUGCAACUAAAAUGAGUAGAGCACAGAAACAGGUGAUAGGUGACAGUAAAUUGUACGUAGAUUUUAAAAACUAUUCUUCCAAUAGUCUUCCUACUUGGGUACAGUUUAAUUCUCCUUGUUGGGUAGGACCUCGACAUAAUAUAUUAUUGCAGACUUAAUGAUAGACUUUGGUAUUUUAUCUGAUCACAGGUAGCAUUGCAUCACACAAUCUACAUUUUAGUUGGACUGCUUUGUCCAAUGAGCAAUAGUACUGUUUACGGCUCUGUUGCUUACAUACUGAUAUCUUAGUUUUGAUACGUUUUUACCUCUUUGUAGCUGGAUCAAAGCAAAAGAAAGAGUGAUGGAGGAAGACCAAGAACACUUAUAUCAGAUGAAAUGGUUGAGGUAAUUUUUAAACCUUUCUUAGAACUGAAACGUCCCCAGAUCGAAACAUCCCCAGUGGCAAAGAGUGAGGAGAAAUGGCUGUUUUUGCAGGAUACCUUCACCCAUGCAGGAGUGCAUGCAUUUUAGGGUUUCAAGUACGAUGUAUUUUUAGUCCAACUUCCUGGUGCAAUGCCUGGGUAUUACAUAAUUUUGCCAGUAUUUUCCUUUUCUUUAUUUUGUUUCUUUGUAAAUUCCAGGUCAUUUCACAGCAGGCAGAGCAGGAGCAAGCUGAAUUAGAAGUAAAAACAACCAAACAUGAAAUAUUUAAGGUGACUUUUUCUCCUUAUAUAAUAUUAAAACUAAAACCAAUUACCAAGCUUGGGAAUGAGCAUUGUGAUUAGAAUUGUUUCUGGUGCUUCUGACAAUCUGGUCUGUACUAGAUUGUAAGCAAUGCAUUUCUUCAGAGAAGGAAGAAAAUGGAAACAAAAAUUUUUCCUACUAUGAUUCCAUUGUUCUUAUGACUCCACUCAAUGACUUGAAGUUUUAAUGAUUUUCACCAGGUCAUGAUUACUUUUUUGACUUUGCUUGCAACCCUGACUCCAGUGCUGUCCAAACCAGCUUUUAAAAUGAAGCUUUUUUUCUUGCAGGCUUGUAGACUUAAAGACUCUCUUCGUACGAUUUCUGACGGAAUCCGGCAGUGGGCCUCAAAAACUUUGCUGGUUGCAGAAGCCUACAGAAAACUGGCCGAUCUUAUUAAUGAAACACCCACACAGCUGACAGAGAGCAAGGUUUUUUCUGGUAUGUUGACAGCAGGAACCAAACUGUGACAAAUGAAUCUUCAUAAUCAUUGCAUGAUUCAUUUCUUUAGUAGCUAUUAACUUGUCCAUGCAUGGUUCUCCCUCCCUGUUUCUCCAUUUUUUUGGAGAUAUAUCGAUAAUCCUAUUAGUGCUUCUAGAGAGAAGUUGCGUUAAAGAAUAAUGUAGUGGCAGUAGUAUUUUCAUAGGUUUCCUUGGGAACCAUCAGCCUCUGAAAAUGCCAACAAUGCUUUGGAUUGAAACCCACCAACCUUGAGCGAGGUUUGUGAUACACCAAUCACUAACAACCAGAGUGGUAUACAUGUUAGUCCCACUCAGUAAAUCGACUUUAUUGCCUGAUGAAGAACUGCAGUACAUGAUUGAAAUGUUGCAAUCAAUUAUGUAAGUGACUAUCAUUAGACAUACGAUCAACAGAACCCUUGUAUGCUGAGUAGACCCUUGGCGGAAAUAUGAAGGGUAUUUUUAUAUAUAAUGUUCAUAUAUUAAUUUGUGUUCACAGGUGCUGGUCAGUCGAGAAGUAUAGUCAAUGAUCUUGCAAGGGACUUGAAAAUUGACCCUGAGUUAUCUGAACAGUUGGCAACAAUGUCAAAGUCAGGCCAACCUUACUUGUAUGCAGUGUCUACUCCUUUGCCAGUAAAGAGAGAAAGUGGAAAAUAUGAUUAUGCCUAUGAUGUUUCAAGAGAAAACUUCUGCAAGUGGAAGUGUUCACCUCGACCCCUGCCACACCCUCAUCAGAGGCUUAGGGAGAAUUCAGGAAUGGAUCAAAACCACAUAAGGCCGCUUUCAUUAAAUGAUCUUCGGCCGCCUCCUAAUUCACCAGCUCCCCCACUGCCUACGAAUGGUAAGGAUCUUAUUAGGGGCGGAUCUAGGGGGAGGGUGCAGGGGGUGCACACCCCCCUGAGAUGACCUGCGGUUUUCUAAUACAACUGGUAUUCUGCAAAAAAAAAAAACUAUGUGGUUUAUUGGCGUUGAAGUAAAGCAAGAGACGAGUGUGCCCACUCCUAAAAAAAAUCCUUGAUCUGCCCCUGUUAUGUAGGGCUUGAAAAAAAAACUUGAGUUCUGGUUUGUCCUCAGCCUCCCACACAGACAUUCUUAGGGCUUCAUCACACAUUUCCUCCUGUCAUUUGUUGAGGGAGGAUUGCGUGAUAAGUCAAAAGAAGGUCUGCGUAGGAGGAGAGUUUGUCCUUUGAACAAGUAGCUCUCGAAUUUUGCUUCUCCAAGACAUUUGCAUGCUUAUUCAUGCUUAUUCAUUAUUCAUUAUUUAUAGUGACUGACUUUGUGUGCAGGACCGAUGCUCCAAAGCUGCCAUCUCUGACUUACCUUUUUUUUUUCUAAACUAAUUUACAGCAAGACAAGUCAUUUUCAGAACAGCACAAAAAAGUAAGUUGUAGUUUUUUAAAGAUACCAACAAUUUGUGUUUAGGUUACAUCUUUAUAAUAAACCAACUUAUUUUGCACUUGCCUAAGAGCCUUGAGGGAAUAAAACAAAAAUUGGUAUUAUGUCCACUCUGGUUCUACUUCAUAGUUGAGCAUAAAAAGGUGCAGUAAAAUUACUGCUUAAGAUUAAAGUUUUGGAAUAAAUUAUUUUUUUAAAAAACAAUUUUUUACCAUUUGCUCUUGUUUGCUCUGCAAAUGAGUGGCUUGACCUUUGUGGGGCUCCUCAAUGUAUUUUAUUGUGAAAGGUUUGAGCCCAGGAGUCAUUUCAAAAGUAGGUUGAGUUUGAUCGUCUGGGUGAACGUAGUCUUGAAUAGGACUGUUGUUGUUGACAGUGACUGACGUUUCGACAACCUGUGCGGUAGUCAUCUUCAGAGUCAAAGUGAGUUGUAUCACGUCAGGUGAUGGUAUUAUACUCUGGUUAUUGAUCUGGUUGGUCAAUUACGUCGUGAUGUUAUUGGUCAUCUGUCAGUUAAGCCGUGAUGUUAUUGGCUAUGAAGACUCGUAAUCAGUAAUUGGUGUGUUUCGAUCCGUCUAUUGUUAUAGUUAAACAGUCGUCUAUUGUUAGUCAAAUUGUCAGUUCCCCAGUCGUCCUCUCGUAGUUAGUUUUGCUUGAUCUUGUCAAUAAGUCGUUUGUACAGCGCUGGUAACUGUUGGCUACUUAUUUCAUCAUUUUUUAAAAAUAUGGUUUUAAUAUAGCACUUUCCUGCUAAACACGUUGACACUCAAAUAACUUUGGUUUAAUAAUACAUACUUUUGGCACCAGCUCAGAUCAACUCCAAGCAACAGCCAGGAAAGAUCUGGUAUGCAAGAACAAACGUCUCAAGCGAUUCAGAGUCUGACAGUGAAGGAUACGCUAAGCCCAUAACUGAUCCUUCAUCCUUUCAACAAACGAAGAUGCUGUGGAAAGUACUGAGUGAUGGAGCUAUUAAUGGAGUGGGUACAGGUUACGCUGGAGGAGAAUCAAGAACUGGGAAACAGUCAAGUAGUCCGCAUGUGCAUCAUCAAUUAGAAAGAAGGAACUCUGAGGAAGACAUAAUUAAUGACAAUAAUACGCCACCAACUUAUGUUGAUCUCAUUCAGUAGUGAUUGACAUUGUUACAUAACUAUUAAUAUAGUUUAUUUUAUUAGUAUUAUUAAUAUAACACAAGGGUUAUGAUUGGAUUACAUUGUGUAAGUACAGUAAAAACCCAUGAGUAAGAACCUACAUUUUCCAGGGUUAGCCUAAACAGGUUCUUACAUAAAUGGUGGUUAACAUAAAUUUAGGGUAUCUAGGUUCUUAACAGGUUCUUAAUUUCUUGCAAAAAUAUGUCGUUACUAAGAAGAUUUUAGUGAUCAACACCCUUAAAUUUGCACACCUAAUGAUUGCUUAUAUUUUAACAUGACCAUAAUAGAGAUCUAUUCUCAUGUGAAUUUUAAUUUCUUGAGUCAAAACAACUUUAUAUACAUGAUUGUGCUGUAAAACACAAUAUUAUAAACAUUUUCUCAAUGACCUCAAUCAAACAACAUUUAUACAUGUACUAACUUGCCUUUUUGCAAUUGCAAUUAGUAAAUAUUAUGAUUUUUGAAAAUAAGAACCUUUCUCCAAAGUUUAGGCUAAAGAGUUCUUAUAUAGAGGGGGUCUAAAUUGCAUAUUUUAGCCGAACAGGUUCUUAAAUCUUAGGUUCUUACUCAUGGGUUUUUACUGUAUUAGUGCUGGAAUUUGGAGCACAGAUUUACUCAAAACAGAAUAUACCGUAAAAUUCCGAAAAUAAGCCCCUCCGUGUACAAGCCCCUCCAUUAAUAUAAGCCCCCCAAACCGGUAACGCAAAAAACCCUCUGUUAAAUAGCCCCUCCAAAUAUAAGUCCCCCGAGGGCUUGUACUUGGAAAAUUGCCCUUGAAAACAAAGUAAAACAAAGCAAAAACGGUAAUUCACUUCCAACUAUAAGGCUAGCACAAUCGAUUUUGAAACGCAAAUUUCCCUCCGUAGAUAAGCCCCUUUGAAUAUAAGCCCCUCCAAAAAUAAGCCCCUCAAAAAGGGCCUUUGAAAAAUAUAAGCCCUAGGGCAUAUUUUCGGAAUUUUACGGUAUGACACCCUCUGCCCUCUUGCAUACAGAAUAGAUAUCUCCCUUCAGAUUUCCCUCUAUGACAAACAGCUCAAAUCCAAGAGAUUAAAUGGCUGAACACAUUUUAAAAUACCUCAAUGACAAAUAGCAAUAUAUAUGUCCAAACUCAACCCAAAUGCAUCAGCUUUGAUGAACAUACAUAAUAUUGUUGAAAUAACAAUUCAAACAAAAAGUUAAAUAGUUGUUGAUGGGUGAGUUUUUUUCAUUGUACUAUUAUUAAAUGGAGCUCCCUGUUUUUUACAGUGUAUCUAUUAUGUAUCUAUUUAGUGAAUUGCAGUUAAGAUUAUUAGUAGAUGUAUAAUAAAUUGAAGAUUUUAAAUUGCAAUUACAAUUAUUACAUUAUUACGAUAAUAAUAAUUAUUAUUGUAAUAAUUAUUUUAGCACAUAAAUUAAGGUAGUCGAAUUUAUUUUAGAAAUAAUAAAUUCUUAUACUUAAAUAAAAAGUCACACUUGCAGGCUAUAAUUAAUAAUAAUAUUGUUAUUAAAUUGUAGUCUGCAGGAGUAACUAUAGAAAGAAUCGGAAUUUGUUGAAUUAUAACCCAUUAGGAUUGUCACUAUUAAAAGGCUGGGAGCCUAGGAUUUCCCCU